ACAAAAACCCUAAAAUCUAAAUCGCCGCUCUACCUCUCUCACGAAAACCCUAAACCAUGUCCAAUGAUACAGUAUGUCAUGAGUGUUUCGACACCUGGAGAACAACAGAAUGUUUAGGGUGUGAUAUAAAAGAUUACUUUCAUGAAAAAGAGUUGAAGAUGUUGGCAAAUAUAGGAUAUACAAGAGAUGAUAUAAUAGGAAAGAUUAAAAAAAAUUCAAAGAUGCAAAGGAAGUUGAAAAGAUGCAUCGGUGGGUAAAAAAUAAAACUGAAGUGUUGGAACGUUUGGAGAGACUUGAAAGGGCUGAAGAGCAGAGAUGACUUAGAAAAUGAAUGAAAAAAUCAUCUACUCUGAUUAUUGCUGAUAUACCAGAUGAAAAUGACACUUUGGUAGAUGAAAAUGGUGACCCUGCUAUUGACACUUUGGCAGAUGAAAAUGGGGACUCUGUUGACACUUUGGUAGAUGAAAAUGGUGACCCUCCUGAUGUUGAAACUUUGGUGUCUUGGCUAAACACCCUUAAUAUAAGGAGGGGUAAGGCACCAAUGGCGGAUUUGGGGUCUAGGCUAAACAGGAGGAGGAGGGGUAAUCGUCCAAUGGUGGUAGGGGAGGUACUCAUGUUGAAGAUUUAGUUGAUGUGGCCCAUGAUCAAAGGCGUAGAACUAGGAAAGGCAAGACACCAAUGGUGGAGAGCGGAGGUACUGAUGUUGAAGACUUGGUUGGUGUGACACAAGCUCAAGGGCGUAGAACUAGGAAAGACAAGACACCAAUGGUGGAGAGCAGAGGUACUAAUGUUGAAGACUUAGUUGGUCUGGCACAAGUUCAAAAGCCUAGAACUAGGAAACGCAAGACACCAAUGGUGGAGAGCGGAGGUAAUGAUGUUGAAGACUUAGUUGGUAUGGCACAAGCUCUAAAGCGUAGAACUUGGAAAGGCAAGCAACCAAUGGUGGAGAGCAGAGGUACUGAUGUUGAAGACGUAGUUGGUAUGGCACAAGUUCAAGGGACUAGAAUUAGGAAACGCAAGAAACCAUUGGUGGAGAGCAUGGAGAGUGGAGGUACUAAUGUUGAUGUUGAAGACUUAGUUGGUGUGGCACAAGUUCAAGGGCGUAGAACUAGGAAAAGCAAGACACCAAUGAUGGAUGGUGGAGGUAUGGUGUCAGAAUCACCUCCUUCUUUGCACCAUGAGUUAUAUGCGAACUCACAAGAAUCAGAUGAUGAGAUUAAUGUUGGCUAUGAAAAUGCAGACCUACAAAACAAAUCAGCUUUUCUGGUCUUAAAUGAGGAAAAUGCGAACUUACAAGUAUCAACUGAAUCAGAUCAUGUGCAUGAGGAUGUACAAGCGAACAACGAGAAUGCGAAUCAGGUCUUACUGGUUGUUGAAGAACCAGUACAAGAGAGCAAUGGGAAUCAGCUGCACCUUCCACAAAAGUAGGUCCUUCUUAUUCAAGACAGAGGCUUCCCAGGUGUCGUAAAGGGUGUACGUGCGAUAAUGAAACCUGCAAAUGCUCUGACUAUCCGAUUAAUCCAGAUACGCAACGCCAGUUGGCUGCUUCACAUUCCGAUGAAGUGUAAUGAUUUCUGAGGCUGAUUUUUGCUUCGUCUCCAUGGUGGCUAUUGAUAUAUUAAUUCCCUACUUGCUUUGAUAUGUUCCGUUCCCUUGGAUCUUUUCUAUGAACAAUCUUUAAGACUUCUGUUUGUUAUGAUGCUGGCAGACUUCUGUUUGUUGGGUCAGCUCCCAAAUAUACAAA